AUGGGGGACCCCGAGGGAAAGAGGAAGAGGAGGAGGAGGAGGAGGAGACUGAAGCUCAUCCGGUUCUCUGUCGACUAUGUUUACGUCUGGAGUGUGUCCUUGAUGUCUACUUUAUGUGGAUUGACUCGAAUUCAACUCUGUUUCUUCCCAGGGGGCGGUGGAAAGCGGAAGGGGAAGAGUAAGAAGUGGAAGGAGAUCUUGAGGUUUCCGCACAUCAGUCAGUGCGAGGAACUCCGGCGGACUACAGAGAAGGAUUAUUACAACCUGUGUGAGAAGCAGCCGAUUGGGAGGUUCCUCUUCCGCCAGUUCUGUCAGACGCAGCUCGAGCUUCAGUGUCUCAUCGACUUCCUGGAUACUGUGGCAGAGUAUGAAGUUACACCGGAUGAAAAACUUGGAGAAAAGGGAAGGGAGAUCAUUCUGAAGUUCCUCACCCCGGAGUCUCCAGUUUAUGUAUCUGAAGUUGGACAAGAUAUUGUACAUCAGAUGGAGGAGAAACUGGAGAUCAGCCCGUACAAAGAGCUUUUCGCCAACUGUGCCAAGUCUGUCAAUGAUUUUCUGAGCGGGGAGCCCUUCCAGUGUUAUCUGUCCAGCAUGUACUUUGACCGAUUCCUGCAGUGGAAGUGUCUGGAGAGGCAGCCAGUGACAAAGAACACCUUUCGCCAGUACCGAGUUCUUGGAAAAGGCGGCUUUGGAGAGGUGUGUGCGUGUCAAGUACGUGCCACGGGCAAAAUGUAUGCCUGCAAACGCUUAGAGAAGAAGAGGAUUAAGAAGAGGAAGGGCGAGUCAAUGGCGCUGAACGAGAAGCAGAUCCUGGAGAAAGUGACCAGCAGAUUUGUGGUGAACCUGGCAUAUGCGUACGAGACGAAGGACGCCCUUUGUCUCGUGCUAACGUUAAUGAACGGAGGAGACCUGAAAUUCCACAUCUAUAGCAUGGGGAAUCCGGGCUUCCAGGAGCAGAGAGCCUCCUUCUACGCAGCUGAGAUACUGUGCGGCCUUGGCGAUCUUCAUCAAGAGAGCAUUGUGUACAGAGACCUGAAGCCAGAAAACAUCUUGUUAGAUGAUCACGGUCACAUCCGGAUAUCAGAUUUGGGUCUAGCUGUGAAAAUACCAGAGGGGGACGCAAUCCGUGGCCGUGUGGGGACAGUAGGUUACAUGGCCCCGGAGGUGCUCAAUAACCAGCGAUAUUCCUUCAGUCCUGAUUUCUGGGGCCUGGGCUGCCUGAUCUAUGAGAUGAUAGCUGGACAGAGUCCGUUCAGGGGCAGAAAGGAGAAGGUGAAGCGGGAAGAGGUGGACAGGAGGGUCCUGGAGACAGAGGAGGUUUAUAGCGAGAAGUUCUCUGAGGAGGCAAAGUCACUGUGUAAAAUGCUUCUAACCAAAGACGCGAGGCACCGGCUGGGGUGCCACAGCGAGAGGGUGGCAGAGGUCAAGAAACACCCCUUCUUCAAAGUCAUAAAUUUUAAGCGGUUAGAAGCGGGAAUAAUGGACCCUCCAUUUCUCCCUGAUCCUCGCGCCGUCUACUGCAAAGAUGUCCUGGACAUCGAACAGUUUUCCACUGUGAAGGGGGUGAACUUGGACCAAACAGAUGAUGACUUCUACGGCAAGUUCUCUACGGGCUCAGUGUCCAUCCCCUGGCAAAAUGAGAUGAUGGAGACCGAAUGCUUCAAAGAACUGAAUGUUUUUGGGCCUAACGGUACCUUGUCCCCCGAUCUCAAUCGCAGCCACCCACCAGAACCACCUAAGAAGAGUCUGCUGCAUCGCAUCUUUAAACGUCAGCACCAAAACAACUCCAACAGUUUGCCCGGCCCCAAGCCCUCCAUAAACCACCAUCUGAACACCAACCACGUCCACUCCAACUCAACGGGAAGCAGUUAGUGAGGAGGUGCGCCCACCGACGGGGGAAAUACAGUCAGGAGUGGUGACCUUCUUCUGCUGCUGACGUCGGAGAGAGGAGAGUCAGAGGCCCGACAGCCUUCCGCCGGGGAAGUCUGUAUAUGUGUGUCAGCGGGAUUGACAGACGGGACUUUCUUUCCUCUUCUCACAAGUGAAGCCUCACAUGGAAGGUUCGCUCAGGUGAGGGGGUGCGAACCCCUCCUUUUAUGACAGGGGUGUAACAAGAAAAAACGAUACCUCCCACAGUCACAUGACUCUGCAAUAGGACAUUGCCAAUUGCAUGUAACAGGUAACAAAAUCACGAAAAAAAAAGAACUGAACCCACAUGACAAGCGACAAGACCAACGGGCCUCCAGGGCUCCAUGUCCGCAUUGUACUCUAUAUCUUUAUUUUCAACAAAAGAAAUUAAAAAAAAGUGUUUUAUUUUU